AGAGUGCGAAACCUGAAAUUCCACUCAUUGUUUUCAUAAUAUUUAUUUUACACAUUGAUGUUUUUAAAAAUGUUGUGUAAAUACAUUUAACUAUGUGAGAACGCACCGAUUGUUAGCAGGAAGAGUAGCGCCGUAUAAAUGGACAAUAUUCAUACAUGUUUUAAUCAUUGUGUUUAGAUUUUUUCCCGUAUGAAAUAUAUUUUUCCUCUUUGAAGAUGUAUAAAUUUCACGUCAUCAGUGUUUACCUUGGGAACUUUAGUAAUUGUAGUGUGUUACAAAUCUACCCAAAUAUCACAAGAAUGGAGAAGACUGUUCAUCUUUGGAUUAACGUUUAACAGACUGUGUUUGCCGAUGCUAGAGCCAGGGUACGCAUAGAGAAGCAUGGAAGUGUACGAGUUUAGCGUGGAGCCUGACCAUUUGACCAGGGUCAAACUUUACGACCACUUCAGUUUUCCGUACGCUUUUCCCGGAAACGUCAAGGAUCACCUGAAGAAGAUCGCCACUGCUCGGAUCAGGGACACCGACGUACUGCUGUCCACCUACCCCAAGUCAGGGACGCACUGGGUCCGGGAAAUCGUGUCCAUGUUGCUCCGAGGGAAAGCCGAGUACUCUAGCGAUCCCCUACACUCUAUCGACUUCUACGACUCCAGUUACAUAGAAAAACUACAAUCCCCAAGAAUUCUACAGUCGCACCUACCGUUUCGCUACCUUCCGAACGAGAUCAAACGACAAGGGCGGAUAAUCCACGUGUCAAGGAAUCCGAAGGACACGGCGGUGUCACUUUACUGCAUGCUGAAGAAACUCACCUACAUGUCCGGUAGUUUCUCGGGAUCCUUCCAUGCCCUAUUACAAUGUAUAUUCUACAGCGACAAAUUUUCGUAUGGAAAUUGGUUCGACUUUGUCAAAGAGUGGGAUAAAGUUAUGCGCCAAGAAAACAGAGGUUGUAAAAUACUUCACUUGGAGUUUGAGGAAAUGAAGAAGGACUUAAAAUCCAACGUGAGAAAGGUAGCGGACUUUUUGAGCGUCGACUGCGAUGAAGAAUUUAUUAAUAUGGUAGCUGAGAAGUGUACUUUUAAAAACAUGAAAAAUGGCAAAGAGGCAAAUCCCCAACCUUACUGGAAAGACUGCACCUUUGAUGGAAGGAUGCCCAUAUUCAGGAGAGGUGAUGUGGGUGACUGGAGGUCCUGGUUCUCCGACAAAGAGAACGACAGGUUCGACAAGGAGUACGCUCGCCAGAUGAAGGACCAACAGAUUAGCUUCCGCUAUUACAUUUGACGGACGAGCUUCCGGUAUUUCAUUUGACCCCCCUCCCCUGGUCACACUAGUUGACUAUAUUUGACUAUAUUAAUUAUUGUUUGCAGAAGACUUCCUGAAUUCUGUUCAGAAGUAGAAAUUUUAUUUUGUUUGACGGUAGAGCUUCUGGAAUUCUAUCUGACUUUCAAAAUACUGCAGUCUGUUUCUAGCAGGUUUACAGGUCUAUUGUGUUAAAUGAAGAUUUGUCAGACUAGGUCACUAUUAUACGUACCUUGUUAAUUGUAAUUUAUUUAUGUAUAUCAAUUACCGAAUAUACAUGUAUAUUUUUUAACAUUUUCUAAAAACUGUUUGUAACCUUUUCAAACUUGGAGUGGCCUGUACUUCAGGAGGAGGCAUUGUUUGGGUUUUGAAUAGACUUCAUAUUUAUUAUAGAAAGCCUUUUCCUAACAUCUGUUCUGUCCAAAUCUAAUCAUUCAUACCUCGGUUUAAUUUCCUUUGAUGUUAAUGUAAAUCAUCAAAGUUAAUUAAAUCCAGUUGAAUAAGAAUGACUCCGGUGACAGAUUCCGUAAUGAUAUGGUUAUAUUUGCGUUGAGCCCUCCGCACUAGGUGUUGUGAUCUAAAGUCUUCAGUGGAUUGUUGUUACUCUGAAUAAAUAUUUUUUUUUUAGCAUUUACCUUAAAUCUACGUAGAAAACGAUUUUUUUAACCUUGCAAUUACUAUUAAUUACUUGAUUAAUGAGGUAAAAUACGUCAAUUUCCUGACAGAAAUACAAUAUUACAUCACAGAGUAACACCUUUUGAUUAUAUUUCAUCUCUAUCAAAGCUAAUGUUUUGUCCAGUCGCGUAUAUUCACUGCGAAAGAUUAUAAACAUGAUCAUGUUUCAUAUUGUUAUACAUGCACACACUUAUCAUAACAGAGAGAUGGACAACUAGACAAUCAAAUGCAUUCAUGAAGAUUUGUUAUGUUGAUUUGUUGAAUAGAUUUUAUUACAUGUACUGCGUUACUUUAUAGUGACCUUAUUAAAUGUUAUUGGUUAUUUGUGACGGUAAUAUGAGAUUUUGUGCAAUAUUAAAUAAAUCGAGAAUAUUUUUC